AUGAACAACUUUGACACUCGCUCAGGGUCCAACAUGCGCUGUCUGCUCGAACCGCAGCAACAGCAACUCUCCCUCCCUCCGAUUUCCCACAUUUUGAAUGCUGUACCCUCACCUUUUGAGCAUCAACUCAGCCAGCAUCGACCCCAGACAUCUUCCGGCCAUCCCUCACCACGCUUUACCAUGCCUUUCCAGCAAGGCAUGUUCACCCCGCUGUCAUCACCGACCUGCAGUAUCUCCUCCUCGUCUUCCACAUUCCCGAGUCAAGCCCAGCGCAGCCGACAACCCCCUUUCCUGCCACGGCCCUACUCCGUCCCAGACGUGUGCUACAAGAACUCUUCUUCCGCUUCUCUAUCAUCGAUCGCCAGUCCCCAGAAGAAAAGACAAGCAUCGACGACUUUUGAAAGUGGUUUCUCAUCCCGUUUCUCCGCCUAUACCAACAAACUGCAAGCCCGCCCGAGCAAGAGCCAUCGCACGGCAAGCAGACACUCCCCAUACGAAAGCGCCGCUGUUCUGCGCCACCGCAGCAGCUAUAGUGACCGCAAGUCAUCCACCUGCUCGUCUGCCUCAUCAUCCUCAUCUUCAUUAUACUCUCCCGGCCCAAACACAGACGACGAAACAUCCGAAGUCCCCGACGAAGAGAGAUCCAUCACCAGCAACAACAAUAACAGCAAAGGCAAGAAGCAAAAUAUCCAAUACACCCCCGAGCAAAACCUGUUUAUCAUCUACCACAAAGACGACCUCGAGGUUCCAUGGGCCGAGAUCGAAAAGCGGUACAACGCGCGUUUCCCAGGUCUCUACCGCACCGCAGGCGGUCUGAACUGCAACUACUACCGGUUGAACGCCAAGCUGCCGCGCACCGAAGACUCGGACAAGUUUUCGCUCAUCUUUGACGAGCGGCCGCGGUACGAUCCCAAAAACCUGGGCAAACAAUUGCCGUUGACGUGGGACGAGUAUGAGGGGGUCAGGUUCCAGACGGUGCAUGUCCAGGUUAUGCAGGCGGCCAAGGUUCUGGGACAUCCAAUCGGGCUCAUGUGGAGGUGUCCGGAGGAGCUGGUGAAGGGGGAGAAUGAGUGGGUUUUGGAGGAGCAUCGGGUUAAGGCUAGGGAGUUGGGUAAGUUCAUCUUCUGCUUUUUUUGA